AUGCCUCGUUCUCGUGGUCGUUCCGCCCCCGCUCCCCGCCAACAAACCCGCUCCAACCACACCAUGGCUGCGCCUGCUCCUCACCAGGCUGCUCCCCAGCACGUCCCUGUCCAGCAGCAGCGCCAGCCCGGUAUGUUCGCCCAGAUGGCCUCUACUGCCGCCGGUGUUGCCGUCGGUUCUGCCGUCGGACACACUCUGGCCAACGGUGUUUCCAGCAUGUUUGGUUCCUCUGCUCCCGCCGAGGCUCCUGCUCAACAACAGUACGCUCCUCCCGCCGAGCAGCAGGGCAAGUGCGAGAUUGAUGCUCGCAACUUGACCCAGUGCAUGGAUCAGAACAAUGGUGACAUGCGUGUCUGCCAAUGGUACAUGGAUCAGCUCAAGGCAUGCCUGGGUACUUCCAGCUCCUACUAA